AUGAAUCUCACUUUUACAGUGUCGUUGCACGUGGAGUAUUGCACAGAUGUUGUGGGCACGGAGGAGAAGGGGGUUUCUAACAUCAAUGACAGCCAUCCUCUGGAUGGAUCUGUUGGAACCCAAAGCAUCCGUGUCGAUGCCUUCCGAGGUAUGGUCAGCAUCCGAGACAACAAUGUUUUGAGUGAAUGGGAUGGAAUCUUGGACUACAAGAAUGCCCUCUUGGCGGCUAAGCUGUUUAGCAAGAUGGCCUGUGUCCUGGCCAAGAUGGACCAAGAUGUCUUCCCAACUUUGGAUGACAUUAGCAAGGCCUUGGACAACCAGGCUUUAAAGCAUUAUCCAUCCACUCACGGUCUGACCUACACUGUUCUGCCCAGCCGGGUCAAGAACUUAGCCCAGUAUGGAAUGCCCAUCAAGGACAUGUGCCGAGACGUCCCCACUUACUUUGCCCAGCAGCAAAAAGAAGGUACUGCACUGGCAAUCGACCCCAAUUCGUGUUUCGAAGUCCAACUUCUGUCCUUUAUGGGACUCUCUAUCUGUGGUGACAUUCCUGGGCUCUGA